AGCCUCACUUAUCUAGCCCCUCUUUCUAGCCCCAGGCAAUCAUGUCCACCAUCUAAUGGUUUGCUGGGCAGGCUCAGUUGUACGCACGCCUCCGCUGGUCUAAAGACUCGCGCGCAUAGCGCCACAGGGAAGACAGGAUUGCAGGCAUGAACCCCAUGAAUAAGUAUGAGAAGUUGGAGAAGAUUGGCGAAGGAACGUAUGGUACAGUUUUCAAAGCAAAGAAUAGGCAGACCCAGGAAAUAGUAGCAUUGAAGAGAUACAGACUUGACACUGAAGACGAGGGUAUACCAAGUUCAGCACUAAGGGAGAUAUGUUUGAUGAAGGAGCUGAAACAUCAGAACAUUGUUCGGCUACAAGAUGUUCUGCACAGUGACCGGCGUCUUACUCUGGUGUUUGAGUAUGUUGAUCAGGACCUGUUCCACUAUCUAGAGUCCCAUAAGAACACUGGCGUGAACCCUACUAAAGUAAAGAAGUUCAUGUACCAGUUACUGAAAGGACUUGCCUUCUGUCACGCUCAGAACAUAUUACACCGGGACCUAAAACCUCAAAACCUUCUGCUGAACGCCAACGGAGAACUCAAGCUUGCUGACUUCGGACUUGCACGAGUAUUCAACGUGCCUCUGCAAAGUUAUUCCAAUGAGGUUGUAACGUUGUGGUACAGACCGCCUGAUGUCUUGCUGGGUAACAAGCGUUACACCACCAGUAUUGACAUCUGGAGUGCUGGCUGUAUCUUCGCGGAGAUGGCAACUUGUGAACCUUUACUUCCAGGUAUUGAUGAAGAGGACCAGCUCUUGAAGAUAUUUCAGCUGGUCGGAAGUCCUACUGAGGAGAGCUGGCCGGGUAUUACUCGGCUACCUAGAUAUAGUAAUAUAGCGGGAUUCCCUCCUAAACCUAUAGCUAAUGUUGUUCCGGCUCUCAACGCUGCUGGUCUGGAUUUGCUACUGAAACACCUCAAGUCUAACCCUUCACACCGUUUCUCUGCAGAGGAGGCUCUCCUUCACGAAUACUUCACAAGCUCAUAGAACGUUCUGGAACGUUCUAGAAUGUUCUCGAGUGUUCUUGAGAAACCUCUUUUGUGCUACCUGUGCUGUCUUAGUACCAAAAAAUACUUUUCAAAUACUACCAUUAUAUUGUUUGUGCUGACACCGGCCAUAAAAAUCCAGCUUCAUAUUGUGCUGUAUUAUCGAUAUUACUUGGUAUUCACUAUUCUUGUUUUUAUUUGGCUGCUUGAACAUAAUUGGAAACUAUAAUUGGAAACUUUUUUUCUUAAAGGGAGCUAUAAUUAACAGUACCUAUUUGUUUGUGCAUUAUAAUAUAAUGUGUGUGUUUUGCCAGACCAUUGCGGUGUUGAAUUAAAGCUUUAUUUUCCUUUAUAUAAUGAAUGAUAAGCAGAGAUUUUUCUGUGUCCUUGUCGUUUCCUUCUAGGAAACUUUUGCCUAACAUCAAACUAUUGUGUAUAUAUUAUACAUGGCGUUCUUAUUGCUCAAUUAAAUGUACUCAGAUUAA